UAGUUUGAAAAUUGAAUGAUUCUGCUUGGUUGUGAAGCAAACUUUGGAAAAUGAAGAAUGAGAUAAUUUGUUAUCUUUUUCUAAUUCCAUAUAUAUAUUUAUUAUCACUUUGUACUUCCAUGGCAUAAAAAGUGCAAGAAGCAGAAGAAAAACAUAGUUUCAUAUCAUCCAAUAAAACAAUUAACAUAUUCAUCUUCUUUUCAGGUCUUAUAUUUUUCUAACUCUGUAAAAGUUUUGAUUUUCCUGUACAUUGCGAGCUGACCGAGUGAGUGAUCAUCAUUCAUCAGUUCUUUUUAAUCAAUGGCUUCUAAAGUUGAGAAGAAAAGUAAAGUUGUUGUAGUUGGAGGUGGAAUUGCUGGGGCCCUUCUUGCUAAAUCUCUUCAGUUCCAUGCUGAUGUUGUUCUUAUCGAUCCGAAGGAGUAUUUUGAGAUCACAUAUGCAAAUCUGAGAGCAAAGGUGGAACCUUCGUUUGCUGAGAGGUCUGUGGUCAAACACAGCGAUUACUUCACUAAAGGGCGUAUUGUCGUAGCUUAUGCAUCUGGAGUAAUUGAGACAGAAGUAUUAACCUCAAAUGGGGAGUGCAUUCCCUAUGAUUAUCUCGUCAUUGCUACUGGCAAUGAUGAUUCUUAUCCCAAAAGUAGGAGUAAAAGGCUCGAACAAUAUCAAGAAGAUUUCGCGAAUAUAAAGUCUGCGGAUUCUGUUUUGGUCAUUGGAGGAGGGUCUACAGGUGUUGAACUUGCUGGAGAGAUUGCAGUUGACUUCCCAGAGAAGAAAGUGACUCUGGUUCACAAAAAUACGAGAUUGUUGGAUUUCAUGGGACAGAAAGCUUCUAGCAAGACCCUUGAUUGGUUGGUUUCGAAGAAUGUCAAGGUCAUUUUGGGUCAGACAGUCGACUUAAAAUCUCAUCAAGAUGGAGAUAAAGUAUAUAAGACAUCAGGAGGAGAAACUAUCAUAGCGGAUUGCCACUUCUUUUGUGCAGGAAUACCAUUGGGUACGAAAUGGCUCAAAGAGUCCAUUUUGAGAGACGCUUUAACUGACGGAGGAAGAGUAAUGGUCGAUCAGCAUCUAAGGGUCAAAGGUCGUAAAAAUAUAUUUGCUAUUGGAGAUAUUACUGACAUCCCGGAAAUCAAACAAGGGUUAUUUGCAAUGCAGCAUGCCAACGUAACAGCAAAGAACUUAAAGUUGUUAAUGUACGGAGGAAAAGAGAGCAAGAUGGCAACAUACAAGGCUGGUCCUGAUAUGGCAAUUGUUUCAUUAGGAAGGAAAGAUGCCGUGAUGCAAUCCCCAAUGAGUACUAUGAUCGGACGUAUCCCCGGCUUUAUGAAAUCAAGCGACCAGUUUGUAGGAAAGACAAGAAAGCAAAUGGGUAUAGAUGCCUCAUGUUUCGGACUCUAGAUUUAUUGAGUAGAUGGGUGUGCGAGUUUGAGUGUGCUUCUCUGUGUUCUUCACUUCUUAUAUUCCGAGUUCAUCGUAUAAUCUCUAAGGUCUGUUAGUUGUAAGUUAUGUUAUCUUAAUAAAUGUGUAGUGAGUUACUUAUUUACCUUUGGUGGUGUACCAUGACUACCAAGGAAAUCAA